AUGGCGCCCGCGGCACCGGGCAUGCGGCCUCGGCGGGGCCGGCCCCGGGACGCCGCCCCGGCGGCACCGGGAGCACCGGGGAGACACCGGCACCGCCCCGGCGGCACCGGCAGUACCGACACGGGGGAGCACCGGCACCGGGGAACCACUGACACCGCCCCGGCAGCACCGGGGAGCCACCGGCACCGGCCCGGCGGCACCGGGAGCGCCGGUACUGUCUGCCACCGGGCACCGGGGAAGCCACCGACACCGCCCCGGGAGCACCGGCACCGGGGAGCCACUGACACCGUCCCGGGGAGCACCAGCACCGGCCCGGUGGCACCGGGAGCACCGGUACUGCUGCCACCGGGCACUGGGGAGCCACUGACACUGCCCCAGUGGCACCGGGAGCACCGCCACCGGGGAGCACCGGGCAGCCAGCAGCAGCGGCCCGGGGGCACCGGGGAGCACCGGCACCGGGCAGUCACCGACACCGCUCCCAGCGGGCACCGGCACCGCUGGCACCGGGCACGGCAGCAGGAGGGGCUGGCACGAGUGGGUCAGAGCAGCUUUAUUGGACAUUCCAAACACCCGAUACAAAGAAGCACUGAGACAGAGGCUGGUACAGAGACACCGAGCCCGGCGGGACCGGGCAGCACACGGGGGAAAGAACGGGGGACAGGGAGCAAACAGCAGCCUGGGGCCCUGGCCGGGGGGUGGCCGGGGUCUCUGGAGCCCAGCAUUGCCCCUGCAGCCCAGGACUGCUCCUGCAGCAGCAGCACACGGAUCAGCCUCUGGGCCAGCGGGGCUGAGCUGGGCAGGAGGAUGAGGAGGGGACACAGGACGGGGCAGCCCAGCUGCUGGGCCAGAGCUGUCAGCCACAAUAAUCUCAUCUCAGACUCGCCUCUGCAGGGGCAGAGGGCAAGCCUGUCCCCUCACAGCACCUGUGAACAGGAUCUUGCACCCCCAAAGCAAAGGGGAGAAGGAGAUGGUGCCCAAAGGCCCCGAGAAGCUGCAGGAGCCAGCAGAGCUCCCAGCAGUCAGGACAAACGGCUUCAAAAACAGCCCUGGAAAUGUGUUCUGCUCAGCAGACAGCACCAGGGGACAGACACAGCCUGGAACAGAACAGCCAGGGAGAGCAGGACAGACAGACAGACACCGCUGCAUGCUCCCUGUGUGGGACAAACCAACCAGUUCCUGGCCACCGUCCCCCAGGGUGGCCAAACACCGAGAACAAAACAGAUUUGGUCUUAAAAUUUUAACUCAAAGGA